GCAACGAGUCAUUCGGUUCACCUCAAUUUAUGUAACUCUUUUUUGCAAGCUCCCGUCGUGCUCUAGUGGUCAGUCACUCAAGUAUCUUCCUUACAUCUGGUGUAUAACUUCCCACUCAUAUCCAAUGCUCGAGUCUCGUUGCCAUGUCGGAAGAGUAGGCUACGAAACGAAGCCCAAAACAGGGUUCCUAUCUCUCGCUGAAGAACUGAUGUUUUACAUUCUCAGGUAUCUUUCUUAUCGAGAUAUUCUUCGUUGUACAUCUGUAUGCAAGGCCCUUCGCCAGGCAUACAUGUCCUCCUCCGAGCUUCAGUACACCAUCGAACUCAUUGGCCAACGGUUAAUUCCUGUCCCCAACACGAACUACACACCUAUUGGCAACCGUCUGAAGACCUUGAAGGACAGGUCCCACGCAUGGUUCAAGUUUGAUAUGUACUCUUUCGUGUCUCGUGGGCAUUUUUCCUCGUGGGAUGAAACUGAUGACCUGGCUGCGAUAAUUCCAAUACUACCAAAGCCCUCACAAAGAACAAUCGAGCGCUGCUGGUCUCUAGAAACAUUGCGUUUGGAGCCCCACUCAGUCACCCUGGAUGUGUUGAUCGACCUAGCACAAAACCUGAUCGCUGUCGCAUAUUGUGUUACUUCCGAGGAUAAUCCUCUUGAAUCAGAUGAGGCGGUCUUUAUUGACCUUAGAGCCCUGGAUGGUGAUGAUGUUCACCCUCAAGCUGCUCAACGGACACUAUUUCUAUGGGAGGAGUUCGAAUCUGAAUCUGAUCUCAUUAAAACAACGUAUGCGAAGCUCAAGUGUUGUGGGAGGCAUAUCGCUUUGCAGCGUUCCUUGGCUAUUACAAACGAUGAUGGAAAGAAUUACGAGUGGGAUAUGCAGAUUUGGGAUUGGCAAAACUCAGCGACACGGAGGAUCGUCACCGGCGGCGCAACACCCCACCCAUCUGAAAACCAGAUUGAUUUUUGUUUCCUCGGAAAUGAUAGGUUGCUCAUUGUGGCUGACGAUCUGGAGGUCUUUUCAAUGGAAGAUCUCAAGAUGUCACGACGUAUGGCACGUUUCAAAUUGCCCCUCCCGUUGCAGUGCAUACAAUGCCACCCUCCCAUGGACAAUAUUGAACAGAUGCAAACCCAACCUCAAACGGUGAGGUACACCCCAGACCCUAAACAUCAAUUACUAUGCCUUACUGGGUCCUAUGGUACUGCCUCUCUGGUCUUCAUCAUCUCCACGAGGAUUUUCUUCGACCUUGACGAAGUUGCAGAAACAAUAACAAUACCAUGGAUACAUUGGGGUCCUUCAAAUACUCGUGUUUUCCGGUAUCCAUAUCAAGGCAAAGUCCACGUUAGUGGAAAUCGAGUUUUGCAGGCUUUCACAAUCAGCGGGCCAGACACGCGUCCUGGGGAGUACGGAGUACGUCUGAUGGACUUCAGCCCAAUAGCUGGGACAAACAGACAGGGUCUUGGGCGUGUGGUGAAAGAGUCAUCUACAAUAGAAAUGAGUUCUGUCAUGGAUGACACCGUCAAAGAGGAGAACUUGACGAUUACAACAUCCUUGCCUUACGUCGAGGUCGUAUCGAAAAGGAAGUUCAGUGUUCGCGAGUUACUGGACACAUGGCUUGACAAGGAUAGAAUUUAUUUGCUCAAUGCAAAUUGGAAACAUGUUGCGGCAGGUUCUACUUCGUAUCCGACAUGGGAGUCUAACAGGCUUGAGGUCAUCGAUGUCUAGAGAACUCGUCCGUCACCAAGUAGUUGUAUAUCAGCUUAGCACAAUGGCACCAGUUACUUACGAAGAUAGAUCAUAUCCUACUUCUGGCGCAAGUACUAAGCACAUCAUUGAUCACAUCUUGUGAAACUGGUGUCACGUUCUGCUCUCUAGUCUAUGUAUAUAUCCAUAUCUUACCUAGUCUCAAUAUUCCCCCCAGUGAUGGUGUUGCAUAUAGGACAC